AUGACCAAUCUAAAGGCUUAUGUUAUUCUAGUUUCUAUAUUUUCCACGAAUCAAGUUACAUCGUACCCGCCGGAAUGGGAUCAAGAAACCACUCGCACCGAACUUCUUUCUUUCGGAGUCUCAUCUGAAUCCACCGACGGUCUUCUUGAAAUCGCAUCUCACUUCACAUUCCCUCGAUACGAUGAUGAUCCUUUUUGGGACCGCUACUAUGCGAAUCAACAGUUCAGCACUUUUAUGGCUCAAACUGAAGACUUUAUGAGGAAUCGACCGGAUCUUGGUCAAUAUGUAAACUUUAUUUUAAGCCGGAGAGACAGAGGAGUGCUGGAACAGAGUCUGGAGAGGCGAGUGCUUUGUGAUGAAGAGAAUCAAGGGGAUAAUUGUGUGCCGAUUGCUAAAGCACAGUGCAUGAAGAGCAAACCGACCGGCUUGAUAGAUAAGAAACGGUCGAGUGCAAGAAACGGUGGACAAGAAAGUAAUGGAUCAAGACGAAUCAAAUGA